GUCUGCGGUCAUCGUGAUCGGUGUGGGCGGCUUCGUUUUCACCAAGCAGACCAUUGAACAGCAGCGGCGGGAGUCCAUGAAAGUCCGAGAGCGCAUGAGGAACGCCAACACAGGAGAUUACGAGUCUAAGCGCAACUUCACUGGCUAGACUGACUUCCUGACCAACUUGUUAUUUGUUUGUAGGACUUGGCUUGCAGGACUCUUAAGGCACCAUGGCAGGCCUUCCCGCCCUCAACGACGAGCAGAUGAAGCUGGUGCAGGAUCUGGAGAUAGAGAUGCUGUCUGACAUGUACACCAGAAUGACCAACUCCUGCCACACCAAAUGCAUCCCCACCAAAUAUAAGGACGCCGAGAUAGGGAAGGGAGAGGCUGUGUGCAUAGAUCGGUGUGUGGCCAAGUACUGGGAGAUCCAUGAACGUGUCGGGAAGAAGCUGCAGAAGAUGUCCUCACAGGAUGAAGAGUCUUUGAAAAAGAUGAUGGCAGAGCAGGGGGAAGUGAAAUAAGCAAUCACCCAGCAGCUGACCCUAGCAUUGCCUCACUCACACAGCAGCACCCGAACAAACUCCGGUGCUUGUUGUCAGGGAAAGAAGAGAUCUGGGCUAAAUAUGAUCCUUGCCACUCACUGAGGAGGAAAUGAGGAGUAAGGGAAAGCAGAAAUGUUGUGUUUGCUGCAACACACUUAGAGUUUAGAGGUGGUAGACAAGUGAGGUAUAAGAAAGAUAAGCUGUUUCAUUAAAGUAAUGCUGCUUGUUCAUUGUAACCUGUGCUGGAAGAGAUGUUCCAUUUUUUUAUUUUGAAAUAUAUUAGAUACUUGUACAACACAACAUCAGGUGUCAAAAGAACAAAAUAUGAGCCAAAAUUGUAAUACACUUGAAAACUAUCUUUUGUUAAUGUUUUCUUAUUUACUUUGAAUAUUUAUGUUAUUAGUCUUAUAGCAACAUUUGGGUACUAAAAGAAAAAUAUGAACAAAAACUAUAAUACCUCAAACUUGAAUACCAUCCAUUACUGAACAACAUAUUCCACACUUUAUUUUCCUUUUUUUACUUGUAUAUAAGAACCAAGAACCUAGAUGUAGAGAACUUCGUAACUGUUCAGAAUUGUUCGUGUAAAGUGACUUGUUAAGGGAAGGUGAUGGCUGAAGACUGACCAGUGUUUGUAUAUUGGCCGGAGAUUGUCAGCGAUGCAAGACUGGUGAUUAAACUGUUUGUUAUAGA